AUGGACCUGGCGCAGCAGUUUGGCUCGGUCAAGCUCAAGAAGGCCGCUGGUGGCACCCACGACCGCAGCGCACCCGUCGUCGCCGGGUACGGCGAGGCGUCAUCGGUGGAGAAGUGCAAGGACGAGGUCCACGCCGUCAACAUCGAAAACUGGUACUCUCUGUUGAAGGAGCACACGUUCGCAACCGAGUUCCUGGACCUCUCCAUGGACGAAGCCCGGAGCGAUGCGCUCGCGCUGGCCGACCUCGAGCGCAAGAUCGAUGGCCUCAUGGGCGCAUUCGCGCGCGACGGCGGCGCCUUCGUGCGGCUGUCCACGCGCAGCCCCAAGGACGCCGUCAUCAGCGGAGGGCGCUUGCUUCACGAGUGGCAGGUGGAGCUGGCGAGACAGGGACCGGAGGCGGAGAGGGACGAGAACGCGAGGCUGGUGGCGCUCAUCAAGGCGUCGACGGCGGCGCUCAAAGUGCGGUCGGGGCGCGAGGCGCUGGCGCUGGUCAAGGCCAGCGAGCGGAGCAACGAGGACCUCCUGCUGGCGCUCGAGUUCCCGCACCAGUGGGACAUGAAGAUCAUCAUCCGCCAAUGGGUGGAGAUGCAUCCGGCGAUGGAGUUCCGGGGCUUUGUGUGUGGCAAGAAGCUCACCGCCCUCUCCCAGUACUUCCACAUGGCCUUCUUUCCCGCCCUCGCCGCCCACAAGGCAAAUACCAUCAUCGUGCAGGACGAGAUCGCCCGGCGCAUUCAGGCGUUCUUCGCCCGGCACAUUGCCGACCUGAUCCCGCUCGACAACUACGUCAUCGACUUUGGCAUCGCCUCGGCUGACGACAAAGAGGCAGUGACUGCGCUCGUUGCCGAAGGCGGCGGCAAUGAUCACGAUCUCGGCCUGCUGGUGAUUGAGCUCAACCCGUUCGGCGCGGGGGCCGACCCGGGCCUGUUCGGUUGGCGGCAGGACCGAGCGGUGCUCGAGGGCGACGCGCCCUUCGAGUUCCGCGUGCGCGAGGCCCCGUUCGACGUCAAGCCCUUCGUCAUCUGCCAGUGGCGCGAGCUCAUCGCCGUCCCUGCGCCGCAGGAAUGA